AUGUCUACAAAGAUACUACAGCUGGAUAGUUACAGAAAAUCAUUACUUAAUAGAGUUACCUCCAGUAACUCUGUUACGGAAUACAUUGAAAAUUGCUUAGCUAGAGAAGAUGCUGCUGCGAAGCAUUCCUUUCAUAAAAUCAUGGUGCAUAGCUGGACAGGAACAGCAGUCCAACUAUUCGACACAUUAAGUCAGUACUUUACAUCAACAAUUGUGCCAAUGAAGUAUGUGUCCAUGGGAGACAUCACAUCUUUUUACACCUGCAGUCUUAGUCUUAUAAUGAAAAUGAUUAAGUUGGAUUUCAUGUUUCCUUUUCAAAGAAACAUGUUUAAUAUAGAUAUUCUCUUCAAUGAUAAGAAUUCUGUCGAGUGUUUUGAAAAUCCAGUCACCAUUGAGGAUAUUGUGUGUGGUGUUGUCAGUGGUAGGAUGAAUGAGAAAUUUGAACUUGACUUAUCGAACUUUUGCUGUGACCCAGAAUUCAUAGAAAAGAAGAUAACAUUUUACAAAAUUAAUUUAUUGUCCCACUUUAAAAUAUUGAUGCUAAGAGUUGGUAGGGACACAAGAAUGUUAAAUCUGAGCAAUAAUGAACUAAGCCAGGUUCCGACUGAUAUAUUAAAUUUCUUCAUUAGAGGAGAGCUGAUAGCUGUUGAUCUAAGUCACAAUAAUAUACCUUCUCUAUCAGAAGUUUUAAGAGUAAGCAGUAGAAUUGAGAAAUUAUGGAUUGAAGGCAAUCCUUUAUGUGAUGAAUUAGAUGCAGUGGACUAUGUGAAAAACAUAGUUAAGAAGUUUCCCAGACUAACAGAACUGGAUGGGAUCAAUAUAAAUCAACAAGGUUUAAUGCUGCCAUAUUUCAAGAACUAUCUUGUGACACCAGACAGAAGAACAAAGAUGGUCACUGAAAAAUUCCUUACAUUAUAUUUCUCAAACUAUGAUUGCAGGAGGAAAAGAAUGAUUCACUUUUAUGUUGAUAAAAAUGUGACUGUAACUUUGGUUGCAAAUUUCAAUGAUGCUGAUAUCCAAAUGAUGCCAGUAUAUGGAACUCACUCGGGGAAUAUACUGGAUCCGAACAAACAGAUUAAAGUGUACAAAUCGAAGCAACAAAUCGGCGAUUUAUUUCAUAGCCUACCGCCAUCUACACACGAUCCUAGUUCGUUCACAGUGGAUGUUCCACAUCAUGACAAAAAAUCUAUGGUACUUGUGGUCGAUGGAGUUUAUAAGGAGAGAACCAAUCGUGUGUUCCAGUUCAGGCGGACUUUUGUGUUCAAAAUUACGACUGUACGUCAGAACUCCAUGUACAGCAUAACAAAUGAAAUAUUUAGUGUAGCUUUUGCUACUGAAGAACAAAUCCAAAACAGUUUUAAGGGUCCUAUUAGGAAUAUGAAUGAAUUGUCACUGAUAGACCCAGAACAGGAAGAUAAAGAAGCUAUCAUCAAAGCUUUUAUUCACAUUACACAGCUGAAGAAACACGAAGCCGAAGCUCGGCUGAAGCUCCAGGUGUGGGAUAUACGAAAAGCCAUACACCUCUUUAUGGAAGAAAUGAAGAAUGACAAGAUUUCUGGUGAUAAAUUCUUGGAAGAGGAUGAUUUUUCAGAUAUAUCGUCUCUUAUGGAUGAUGAAGUUGACUGA